UCACUAAUUUGUUGGUGUAGGCAUCAGCCUUUGUUAACUUCACAACACUAGAUUUCAGGAACUAGCUUGUUGGAGUUAUCAUGGCUUAGGUAGUUCUGCAAUACACUAGGUUUCAGUUUCGGUUUGUCUUUGCUUUUACUGCUCAUUGUAUCAGUGCUGGAUGCUCUAUUAUCCAGUGCUUCCUGAUCAAAUUCAUCUUCUUGAUUGUCACUUGGUGUUCUACUCGGAGACCGAUAGUAUAGCUGUAACUAGGAGGAGUGUUCUUCUGUUUUGUAGAGAUUCCAUGCUUCAAGAAGGCUCCCAAGUAUAGCUUUGUGCAGCGUUCACAUUUAGUUUAGUAUGCUGUAAAGUGGUUGGAGUUCUCAUGGCAUAAGCCAUUUGUUAGAUGCUGUGCAAAACACUAGGUUUCAGUUCGUAGUUGUUAAGCUUUUACUGCUCACUGUUUCAGUGUUGGAUGCUUGCAUAAUCAAGAAAUGUUAACUCCGUAAUGACAAGAGCAGUUAAUUAUAUAAUGAUCUCGACUUGGGUUAAAUCACAACAGUUAUAAAAUGGUUGAGAUGGUAAAUAGUUUUUAACAUUAUUGACACAACUUGCAAACAGGUUCUUGGCCUGUGUACAGCAUUUAUUCAAAGAAGCAGGUCAAAUACAAGAGGUCCUAAUCCAUCAUACGUACAAAAGACUCCAGAGAAACAACAUAACUUCUCUACUCCAUAGAUCAGAUUAAUAUAAUAGCCAUCGUUAAGAGAAUUACACUUCUCUAGCUCUUGCAGUGUUGAAAACUGAUCAUGUAGUAGGAAAAUCAAAAAGUUAUUCUGGGUUGAGGAAAAGCUGUAAACUCUAUCCUUCAGUCUUCAGGAUUGUCAAUCUCUUUAUCAAUGUCCUGUCCAGUAACCUGAAAACACAUGGAUAACAAUAUGCGUUCUCUGACUAAGAAAACAUCGCUGUACACAAGUAACUGAUCAAGCCAAAGGUAUACUUAAACUCGGAUGCCUGCAGGCUGCAACUUCAACCACCAAAAGUAAAAUGAAUAGCAAAUAUGUUCAUAAUAUGCCACACCAUGAAUUCUUCUGGUUUUACCCGUAAGUAGUUCAUGUUUUCAACCCUUCCAUCAUGUUCCAAACGCAGCUUCUUCUACCAGCGUUCCUAUAAGAUGUGACUAACCAGAGAUCUAUUCUCUAGUUUGUGCUUUUUCGGGUUACUACAAAGCAAAACAUAGAGGGGAGACAGAGAAUAUUUUAAGCAAUAUUACCUUCCUAGAGGAAAUGUAUUACUAUUUUCCAGCAACAGCACUGUGGUGCAUCUUCAGCAAACAGUCAAAAUCUACAGGAAACCAAUCUCCUGCUUCAUGAGCCAACAACGUAGACUUUGCUGAGUCUAUAACCACACUCACGUUUCCAAAAUUAUAGACCUGAAGACCUCCGUUGUGCAUUCUAUGCGGCUUAGGUUUCAACAGCAUCUCCUUCUCCUGCGCAAAUAAUUCCACAGCUUCUUUAAAACUCAUCUCCUCAAAGCUAGUCAUCCCUCUGAGCCUGCCUCUGCUCUUCUGCCUUGUGGUAACUUAUCUUCUCCCUUUCCCCUUGGUGAGACCUUUCUUCAACUGCUUCCAUCGCCAUAUCUAGACCGCGCUUGAACUGGAUUUGGAUCCUCUUGUUUGCUAAAAACUCCUCCGGGAACAAUCUUUUCCAACUCAUAAACCAGUUUCUUAUCUCAUCAAAGUUUGGUUUGAACACAACCACUGACUUAAAACAUCAAGCCACUUGGGGAAAAAUAACCUCUCUGUCAACUCAACCAUUACAUGUACGUGUACUAAAGAUACCAGUUCUGGUUUUCGGAGUCAAAAAUUUCAGCUAAAUUCGGAUAUUUCUAAAUUUCGGUUCAGAUUCGGUUCGAGUUCAGAUAACCCAUUUAAAUUAUUUUUAAAAUUUUAAAUUCGAUAUGUAUUUUAAAUUUCUCAAAAUCUAUAAACAAAAUAAUAUAUUACAUAAAAAUUUAAAUAACACAUGUCAAAAUACCUAAACUUAACAUAUAAAUUAGUUUGGUUUGAGUAUUUGGAUAGAGAAUCAAUAUACAUUUCAAGUAUUUUUGGUGUUUUGAGCAUAUUUUAGAUAUUUUAGACAUUUAUUUUUCAAAUUAUUGUCGAUAAUGGUCUUGUUUACUAUUGUGAUGUUCAAGUAAAAAAAAAACUACGAUGGCAGAAAAUCCAAAUUAUGAUUCAAAUCAUUACCAAAACGUAAUUUGACACUGUAGCAUAUAGUUUCUUGUGAAAUCAAAUUUUAAGACUUUCUUAACUCCAUUAAUAUUGUUAAUUCAUGAUGUACACUGCACUUAUAGUUUCAUCACAUAUUACAAUUUCUAAAUGACAUAAGUGUGGCUCAAACUCUAGCGAUGGAGAACUAUAGCAUUUAAUAUACAAAGCUAAUACAAUAUGGUAGACCACAAAACUAAUCAAUACAUUAUCAUAUUAUGUGAUUGUUUAUGAUUGAGAGAACAUAUAAAAUAAGUCGGCCCAAGAAAAAGCCUUUCUCACUCAUCAUCAUAAUUUCCCUUUAUAAAUCCACCCAAAGUCAGACACUAAACAAUUCUCCAUUUACUAUUUCCUAGUUCGCUCGUGCACAUCUCCAACGAUCCCAAUCCUAAAACCAUCACUUAUUCCAAUCUUUUUCAACAUCUCUUGAAAACACCAAUCUUAUAAAAGAAAAAAAAAACAAGAGAAUCCUUCUUUUUUGGCACAAAUAACAUAAAGAUCAUCACCUUUUUGUUUGUUUCGUCGAUGGCAACUUCCGGUAACAUUACAACGGCAGGGACAGGUUCACCGUGCGGCGCAUGCAAGUUCCUGAGAAGGAAAUGUUUAUCAGAUUGUAUAUUCGAACCUUACUUCUCAUCCGAGCAGGGAGCAGAAAGAUUCGCAGCUAUUCAUAAGGUGUUUGGAGCCAGCAACGUCUCUAAGCUCUUGCUUAAGGUCCCAAUCCAUGAUCGAUGUGAAGCUGUUGUCACCAUCGCCUACGAAGCUCAGGCUCGUCUUCAUGACCCUGUGUAUGGCUGUGUCUCUCAUAUUUUCUCCCUCCAACAACAGGUGGCUUACUUGCAAGCACAAGUCAUGCAAAUGAAGGCACAUAUCGCCGGCCACAAGACGUCAGCCGCCGAAGGUACUCACCAAUUCACGACGUGGCAACAAACUAGUGGCUCACCGAUCGAUAGUGCGUACUCAACACCAUAUAACCAUCACCAUCAUACUCCCUACGGUCACAUAAACCCUAAUAAUCCGGUCUCGCCACAGAGCUCGCUAGAAGAAUCUUUCAGCAAGACGAGCAGUGACGUCACAACUACAGCUAACGUGCGUGAGACUCAUCAAACCGGAGGUGGCGUAUACGGUCAGGGUGAGUUAGGGUUUCAGGAAGGAUAUCCUAACAAAAAGAGAUCAGUGAGUUAUUGUGAUAGCGAUUUAGGUGAGCUUCAGGCUUUGGCUCUCAGAAUGAUGAAGAAUUAAGAUAAGUUUUUUCUUUUGUUAUUGCUAAAAAUUAAGAGGAGUUGGUACUUUGGGAAAAAAUAAUAAAAAAGAAUAGCUGGUAACUUAUGUAGACAGACGGCGAAGAAAUGAGAUGGUUUUUUGACAAGAAACAAAAGAUGAUAACAAAACUUUGGAUGUUCACAUGCUAUCAUCAAUAAAAGUGUCAUACCUGUUUGUUCUG